AUGGACCAAAAAGCUAUACCUAUUGGACAUCUCUCCCCUGCACUUGUAUAUAAUGCAUAUGCUUCUACAACUCCCACGCCAGUCUCAAAUACAACUUUCAAACUAUCUCCAGGAACAAGUCCUCUACAGGCAGAAGAUGGAUCAGAUGGAUCGGCGACACAACCUCCAAAGAAGAGGCAAAAGCGUAACAAACCUACUUUGUCUUGUGUAGAGUGUGUAGAACGCAAAACAAAGUGCGACCGAGGUCGACCAAAUUGCCUUGCAUGUAUAAAGCGGCCAUCAGAUUGUGAAUAUCAUCCAGUAGCAAUUAUUCUCGAGUCUGUUGCAAAUGCCCGGCGUAUGACCAAGCCACCAAAGAAGUCCAUUUCGGUAGCAGGAAAUAUUAUCAAUCGAUCAAGACAGGCACCAGAUCCUAAUGAAAGAAGUGCAUCUAGGGGUUCGGUUUCUUCCUCGACCGGUUUGCUUUCGAACGUACCCUACUCGCAUCCUAAAGCCUCGAAUGUCUUCGGCAUUGGUUCAGAGCAUCCCUUUGCAAAUUAUUGGACAUGUCAAGGAGGACUUCCGGAAGUGAUUUCGGUUUUACCAGCUAAGGAUCAAUCAGAUAUCUUGAUGGAAAGAUACUUUGAGUGUGUCGACCCCGUUUAUCCUAUGCUUCACAAACAAACCUUUUAUGCAGAAUACGAGCAUUUCUGGUCGCUACAAGGACCGGAAAGAGAUCGAACGGAUGCCUCCCUAGUUGCCAUGAUAUUUUCCAUGAUGGCUUUAGGAACUCAGUUCGUCAAUAAUUCUCCUCCCAAAGAACAACAGCAAACUGCCGAAUUUUAUGUAUCUGCUGCUCACCAAUCACUUCGAUUGGGUUCAUAUCUCAACAAAGCGUCAAUGCACUCACUUCAAGCCAUGGUUCUCAUUACAUAUUUCCUCAUUAACGACAAUCAUGCUUCUGAUGGCUGGGCCUUCGCUGGUAUACUGCUUCGACAAGCAUAUGCCAUGGGUCUCCAUCGCGAUCCCAACAUCGUGACACCAAAUGCAUCCAUUUUCGACAAGCAACAACGUAGAAAACUGUGGCAAGCAGUUCUUCUCCAAGAUACUUUUCUCACCGUCCUUCUUUCUCUCCCACCAAGCGCAACGCACACAGAUGUCAACGUAGAAGAUCUCAUCGACGACUCUGGUUCCAUCGCCGCCUGUGACCCCAACGAUACAGCUUAUAUCCGUGGCUGCUGGGCCCUCGCUAAUCUCACCCAAGAAGCCAUUUGCUCUCCCCGCUCCCUCGAUCUCCACAUCUGCGCCAACCCCCGCCAAAAACACAAACUCCUCGCCGAUUUCCGCGCCGUCUACCGUUCUUUACCCGACGCCUUUCGCUCAUGGGACCGCGAAUCCAUUGCUCUGCAAGCACAAACCAACAAACGUCUUGUACGACAAAUUCUCUUCCUGACCAGUAAUUACUUCCAUAAUGUAAUGCUACUACAAUCAAGCGAAAGUCCUGAAGUCCCUUCGAAUAUUAGAGGGACUCUCGACGCAGCCCAUGAGGCCAUCAAAGCUUUCUUUUUACUCUAUGAACUCCUUGAGAGUGAAAGUAAGGUUUGGUGGGUUUUCAAUCAUAGAGCGUUUUUGGAAUGCAUGACGAUGGGGAAUAUAUUGCAGAGUGUGGCGAGUGAGGGAGACGGGGCGGAUAAGUUGGGGAGGGAUCCGCUGUUGGUGAGAGCUAAGGGGGAUAUUGUACGCAUGAUCCAAAUCAUGACUGAAAUCGGCCAAGGCGAAAAUGGAUCGCAGGUAGCGAGGACCCGAGCAGAGAAUGGGAAAGGGGAGGGGUACUAUUUUAGUCUAAUCAUCGCUUUGAACUACGAGAGCGAGGAAACCUCAGAAUGGAGGGGUACUGAGUUAGGUGAAGGAAAGAUGACAGUAAAAUUACAUAAUCGAAUAAUUGUGCAGAGGGAUAGGGAUACGGAUAUGAAUGGAGUAUAUGGAGUACGAAUUGGCAGUGUGAUUGAUACAAGGGUGGAUAGAUAG